AGGGGUCUCAUACUGUUGCCCAGGUUGGAGUACAGUGGUUCAAUCACAGUUCACUGCAGCUUCCAACUCCUCAACUCCAGUAAUCUUCCCACCUCAGCCUCUCAAAGUGCUGGGAUUGCAGGCACAAGCCACUGUGCCUGGUUCUGAGGCAAAGUUUUUAAAUAAAACUUUAAAUUAUACAUCUUUAUUUUAUUUAUAUCACAGAAGAAGGUACUCUCCCGGAAUAUACCUUUUUACUAAGAAAAGGAGACAGAUUUUUCAUCUUUCUUCCUAUCCUGUGUGACCUGGCUAUUCCUUUCCACGCAAACUUUCUCCUAGAAGCUCAAGUUCUUGUUCUGCAACUAAAAUGAACAUUUUUCUACAUCCCUGUCACAUUCACAGGUUAUUUUUCUCAGUCUUCAUAUUUCAGGAAUGCGUUCCAUUUAGUUAAACUGAUAUCAGGCAAGCUACUACUGGCUCAUUGUGACUUGUAGUGUUGCUCCUUUUAGAUGACCUGCAUAGAUGUAAAACAUGUCUUUUAAUCAUGCCUCCAGAGAAGUGGCGAGCAGUAGAAAUUUUGGGUAUUGUAGAAUGUUGAAAGAAUUAAUAAAUAAAUACAUUACUAAACCAUUACAUUACUAUGAAAUGUAUUAUUUGUUAUUAAGUUACAAAUUUUAAAUUGUUAAAACGUUAAGAAAUUAUUGAUAAAAGAAGAGUGAAUACUUAGAAAACACUAAGUGCCCGGCACUGUUGUAAGUGCUUUCUACAUAUAUAUUUAAUUCUCAGGAGAACUCUAUAAACUAGGAACUGUUUUGUCCCCAUUUUGCAGAUGAGAAAAUUGAGGUGGGGAGAAAUUAAGCAACUAACCCUCUGCCUGGCAUCUAGGAAAUGAUAAGAGUCAGGAUUUGAUCUCGGGAGGCCUGGCUCCUGGCUCCAGAGCCUGUGCUCUAUCAGAGACAAUGACAUUUUUUUUUCCCAUGGGAAGAAAGGAGGUGAGACUGAUUGCUGGAGACUCUCAGAUUACUCCCACAGGAUAGUCCUGUCUGCAGUUUCUCACGGGAAUUAGGCAGCCUGCAAAUGAGAUGUAUCUUGGAGCUUUUGUUGUGACACUCAGAAGUUACAUUACCUUUCUAUUUCUCAGCUUUCUCUUAAACAAAACAAGGAGAGUGGGACUAGAUAGCCUCUAAGAUCUGUUCCAGUUCUAAGAUAACAUAGUAUUAGCAUUCCUGCACUAAAAUGCUGAUCACUUGCGUGUGGGAAAGAAGCAAGUCAGUUCUUCCUUCUACACCACUGUGCCUGGUCCCGAGGCAAGCCAAGUUCAGAAGUCAGAGAGGGCCUGGGUGUUUGCAUUUUCCACAGUGACCUCAGUGGGUGUUUGGGCAGCAAAAGUAUUCACAUUCCACUCGGUAGCUAGAGAGGAACACACAGGUAUUCUCUAUGUAAAAGGUAAGGAUCCUGAUUCAUUUGGCAGCUGCUUUGAAUUUUUUUCUUUAAUUGAAAAGAAAGUACAUUAAAUUUGAGAAAUACUAUUCUAAGCUGCAGUUCCUAUGUUAAAAUGGAAAAAAGUUGUGGAGGGAUGAAAGAGAUUUCCAGAGGGACAAGGAAGACAAAGUGGGGGAAAGCUCAGGGAGCCAAGGAAGGAGGAAUUCCUGGGCAUCGGGCUCUCCGCAAAAAUCAUUCGGGCAAAGCUGGGGUGAUUACCGGGAGCGUGCAGAUGCCUUAAAGGUCAAGCAUUGAAAUCUGAGGAGCUGGAGAUGCUGCAUCUAUUGGAUGUAUGUACACAGUCGGAUCCUCCUUCUACACCCUUCAACUAGAAGCUGCAGCGUAGGGUGCUGAGUAGACACCUGUAAAGAACUGGGAGCAAUAAAUGAGGGUUCGAGCUCCAGGAAACUUCAACUUCUACCUAAGAAGCGUAAUAGAAACACUCUUACUAGGUGCCUACUGUGUGCUGUGUGUUUUAAACAGGUAGUAUCAUUUAAUUCUCAUUGCAAGCUUGUGAAGUAGGUAGUAUGUCUUUAAUUAAAAAAAAGCGGCAGCUCAGACGCCCCAAGGGACUUGCCCAAGAUGGCCCAGCUAGUAAGUGAUUCAGGCAGGAUUCAAAUCCAGUCUGCCUGAUUUCAAAGCCCACGCACAUUGCACAAUCCACACCUCCUUAAAUAUCUCGUUCGAAUCAUUUUCACUGCAAGCUUACGGGGUAUUUUCUCCCCAUUUCACUGACGAGGCAAGUGAGACUCAGAGUGGUGAGGUGACCUGCAUAGGUAGGGUGGGAGAAAAGCCUGCGGAGCGUGUACUGUAGCUUGGCCUCCCUCGGCUCUGUCCCCAGCAAGCGGGUCCCACCUUUCCCGGUCCCAGCCCCACGCACCGCCCGCUCGGAACUACACUUCCCGGCAGAACGCGGGCGCGCGCACGCGCACCGGGGCCUCCGCCAUGGCGACCGUGCUGUCCAGGGCGCUCAAGCUGCCGGGGAAGAAGAGCCCAGACCUAGGGGAGUAUGAUCCACUUACCCAGGCUGACAGUGAUGAGAGCGAAGACGAUCUGGUGCUUAACCUGCAGAAGAAUGGAGGGGUCAAAAAUGGGAAGAGUCCUUUGGGAGAAGUGCCAGAACCUGACUCAGAUGCUGAGGUUGCAGAGGCUGCAAAGCCACAUCUUUCAGAAGUCACCACGGAGGGCUACCCCUCAGAACCCCUUGGGGGCCUGGAACAGAAGGCGGCCUCCUCCCUGGUGUCAUAUGUGCGCACGUCUGUCUUCCUGCUGACUUUGGGGAUCUCGAUGAUCCUGGUGCUCCUGUGUGCUUUCCUGAUCCCCUGUCCUCCCAGAGAUCUGCACAGCACCUGGAGCCGCCACUUGGGCUCCCAGGGAGGUGGGGACCUGUCUCCAUUGGAAUUGGCUGAUGUGAAUGGAGAUGGCCUGCGUGAUGUGCUUCUCUCCUUUGUGAUGUCAAGGAACGGGAGUGCAGUAGGUGUCUCAAGGCCAGCUGCUAAUCUUGUAUGCCUUUCGGGGAUGAAUGGCAGCACACUGUGGUCUAGUCUUCUCCCUGAGGAGGCUCGAGAUAUCACAUGUUUGGAGCUGAUGCCAGGAAGCUUGGCUGAAACCAUCUGCCUUGUGACAGGGACACACAAGAUGCUCAGCGCAUUCAAUGCAACGUCAGGGAAAGCCAUUUGGACUUUAAACCCAAACUACUUGUCCAACGGUACCUUGGCUGCCCCAGUUGUGGUACUGCCAGACUUGGAUGAAGACGGUGUUCGGGACCUUGUGGUUCUGGCCAUUGGGGAAUUGCAGCCAGAUCUGUGCUUUCUGCUGGUGUCUGGCCGGACCGGAAAUCCAGUGGGUCGACCUGUGAAGUACAACAUCGUUGGAGUUGGGAAUCUGAUUGGUCCUCAGGUUUACAUCACCACAAACGGGGCUGUCUACAUCCUGUUUGGCUUUGGAAAUAUACAAGCUGUCGCACUGCGGGACAUUUUUGUUCAGGCCCAAAAUCGAGACAGCUCACCACCUUCUCUGCAGAUAGAAGAGCCAGAAUGGGAAAAGCGAAGAUCCAUCAACCUGUCUGAGCUCAUUGAUGUUUACAGUGAUGGUGUUGAGCUACUCCAGAUGGUGAAGGCACCAGAUUCCAACUGCAGCAACCUUCUGAUUACAACCAGACAAAGCCUUGUGCUGCUUCGGGGGCAAAAUCUGACACCUUACUGGGCAUUGAGACUUCAAGGCCUGCGCAGCCAGCCUACUCCUGGAUAUUUCACUGAUGAUCAGACAUUAGACUUCCUUCUGCAGAUACAGGAUGGAGUUGGGAUGAAAAAGAUGAUGGUUGUGGAUGGUGACUCUGGCUCCGUUGUUUGGAGUUACCGUGCUCCGUGUCACGUGAAAGAAACGCCAGCCACCUCAGCAGUUACUUCAGACCAGAAGUCUGUCUUCCUCUUCUGGGCCGAAGGGCUGUCAGCUGCAUCUCCCAAUUCCGAUAUCAUCCUAGGAACUGAGCCGCCCAGCCUUCACCACCUUUACCUCCUGCAUCCUGCGUUCCCCUCCAUCCUUCUGGAUCUGGCCAACACCACCGGCACAGUGACGGCUUCAGAGGUUGGAAUUAACGACCUCUGGAAAGAUGCCUUUUAUGUUACCAGGACAACAGGGCCAAGCUCCGAAGGCCAUCCAGCAGCCCUGGUGGUCAGCAAGCUUAGUCUACGGUGGGCACUAAUGGAGGGCCAGAUGGCUCAGCUACAGGAGUCCACCCCCAAAAUUGGCCGUGGGGAGCUGCGAAGAUUUCUGUCUAGGAUAAAGUUUGUUGAAGCUCCCUACGAGAUCUAAUCUGAUGGAAUCUUCAGUUGCAGAAGAAGUGAACAGAGUGGAUACCCUCUCUACUCUCCUGUCACUGUAAAAUCAGUUCUAUGGAGAGAAGACUUCUUCGUCCUCAUUUACCACCUCCCUGAUGGUUGCAAAGGCUUGGGAAGGCAUGUUGGAGUCUUUGACGGCAGCAUGAUCUGUUUGGCUGGGGCAUCUUACCUACCUUUUCAGUCCCUGCAUUAAUCCCCUCUAGGAACUCUGCGUGGAUCGUUUGGAAAUGUGAAUCUCUUAAGUAUUUAAUUUUUUUGGGAUGUCUAAUUUAUGAAGUCUUGCUGGGAAAGCCAGUGAAGUCUAUGACUAGGAAACAUUUUGUUGUACAUUAUGCUGUGUGUGUGUAUAUUUUAGUGUUGUGGUGAAGUUAUUUUCCAGGUAUGUCCUAAGCUUCAGGGAUCCAGUUUCUUGUCCUUCUGAAAUAUAUCUGGUUUGUUUGGUCAUUUUGAGACUUCCAGAUGCCCUACCUCUGAUGUUGAGGGCCACUUAUUUCUCUCCUUAUUCUUUCCCACCUGUACCUUGGCUACUUCCAAAUUGUAGACAGAGUGAGAAAGAUUUAUAGUGGAAGACUGAGUUAGCUAUCCAAGCAUUUUCAUCUCUUUUGUUUUAUAUCCUAUUUCCUUAGAUUUUCCAUCCAUGUCUAUUAAGUGACCACAAGAAUAACUAUAUUCCUAUCACAAGGGGAGCAAGAGGAUGUAGUCUCAGUGACCCAUCUCUGACCAAGUCCACAUGUUGUGUUAUAUGUGGCUCUGAUGGUUCUGCCAGUCAUGAUCUUUUUUCUGUGGCGACAUCAGAAGUGUAUGUUUGCAUGCUGUCUUCAACUUAGAGGAGAACUGGAAGUCAGGAGCCUUUUAUGUCCUUUUCCUGCUGUAUGUCUUCUCUGCAUCUUUUUCUAUAGGGCACCCUCCUUAGCUCCCCUCACUCUGUUUUCUCUUCUAUUCAGGGAUAUGUUUCUGGACUUUUUCUUCUGCUACUUGAGUCCAGGAUGCAACCAUUUUGUCCUGCAUCUCUCCUUUCCUGUAGAGCCUUUGAAGCAUUGUAUUUUGGGAAAAUUCUUCUGUAAAUACUAUAACUUUUAUAAAUGGUUAAGUUAUUUAGAAUUAUCUCCAGUGCUUACUUCUCCCUUCUUCUGUAUAAAUCUGCUACUUCGAUUAAGUUCUCCUCUAAACUUUUAGGUCAUUGUUUAUAUAGCAGAAAAUUCAAUGUUAGCGGAUGGAAAACUGCUUCUUGAAUAACCUUGAUAGGUCAUCCCUGAGUGCACCUCAGGUUCUCUCUUUACCUGGGCUUGUAUCAUUUUUUUUUUUUUUUUGAGACAGAGUUUUGCUCUUGUCGCCCAGGCUGGAGUGCAAUGGCGCAAUCUCGGCUCACUGCAACCUUCGCCUCCUGGGUUCAAGCGAUUCUCCAGCCUUAGCCUCCCAAGUAGCUGGGACUACAGGUGCCCGCUACCAUGCCUGGCUAAUUUUUUUUUUGUGUUUUUAGUAGAGACGGGGUUUCAACAUGUUGGCCAGGCUGGUCACGAACUCCUGACCUCAGAUGAUCCACCUGCUUCUGCCUCCCAAAGUGCUGGGAUUACAGGUGUGAGCCAUCAUGCCCGGCUGGGCUUGUAUCUUUUAGCUUGUGUUAGUAAAACGAUUCUAGAAAAUCAUGAAGUCCAGAUUUAAAGGGAUCUCUGUUAAUUACUUACUGACAGGCAUUAUGACCUAACAGGAGGUUGGUAGCAGUAGAUCCAAGCAUGCAUGUUGCCUGGCCUGUAGAUUGGCCUUAUCAGGUUUCUGGGUGCCUCUGCCUUAAGAUCCUGAAGGCAAAUUUUGUUUCAACAGUUUGGAAGUCAUCUGUGGGUCCAGCUUGACUUUGGAGGAAUAAGAAGAUACUUCUAGAGUAUGGGAAUGAUUCCAGAUAAUUUCUGGGAUUUGAAUCUACUUGAGUUUAAGGGCCUGGGACCUAAUUUGGUUUAGUAUAGAAUUUGAAGAAUUAAUUUAUAGGCAGCUGAAUACCCAAAACUUGGGUGGUGGUUCUGUGGUCUGGCUGAGCUGUCCGGGCAUAACCUGGUUCUCUGUUAUGUUAAGACUUUCUGGGAAGCCAGCCACUCUGCGCAGGAGUGAAAUAUGAAGUUGUUUACCGAGGACCUGUUUUGGUGGGAUUGUUUGGGCAGAGGACUGUGUUUAUGCAGGGCAAAUCCCAGAAAGAGAUAAGAGGAAGCUAGAGAAACUUAAUGUACCUGAAUUCUUCAUGGUGUAUUUGCAAACUAACUUAACAUAGAUUCUUUUGACUAUGAUAAGUUUGAAUCUGUCCUUGCCAAACAACAUUAUAAGUUUAGUUUUCUUCUUCCUCUUGCAGCCGGUACAGAAAGGUGUAAGUGGUGGCUGAAAAUUGAGGAAGCUUCAUCUGACCAAUGUGGGUGCUGGUUUCUUGUGAAAUGUGUCCCUAAGCCUCCUUCUCCUUGCAGGCAGCCACCCACCCAGCUGUCUAAGAUAGGACGUGCUCCUUUCUUUCUCUAAUCCCAUCCUGAGGUUGCCGGCAAAGCCAAUAUGACCACUACUGAGAAAUAGUGAUGACUUCUACAAAUGCAAGGGUCUUACCCUCCUCUUUCCCUUAAACACCCUCCCUUUUCCUUAGACCCCAUUUUUGCCAUCCCCCAAAUGUGUGGUAUGGUGAAACUAAUCCCCCGAAUGUGAAUUGCUAUCCUUAUUGCCCUAUUAAAGAAGAGCCAGCUGGUAUAUUGUCAGGAAGCACUAUUUAAAAUGUGAACUGUUACAGAGUAAAUAAAUAAAUACUCUACAGGAA